GAAAGUUCAAUCCAUUGAUAUUCUCAACUCCAUUCUCCCAAUUUUUCUUAGCCUGUAAGAGCCCUGGAAAUCGUAUCCGCAGAUGUAAAAUCGCUCAUCGAUCCCGCUACGAAAUUCAAUCCAUAGUCCUCUUCAUCUCCCGAAAUUCGUCUUGUCUCUUGAGAAUAAAAGAGAGCACAGGAUUCUUUUUUUUUUUUUUUAAGUUUGUUGUGUCGUUUUCUAUAUAGCAAUGCUUCAUAGGAGCUUCAAGCCCGCGAAAUGCAAAACAGCUUUGAAGAUGGCGGUGUCGCGAAUAAAGCUUUUGAAGAACAAGAGGGAUUCUCAGAUAAAACAGUUGAAGAGGGAAUUGGCGAAAUUACUCGAGUCUGGGCAGGACCAGACUGCAAGAAUUCGGGUGGAACAUGUGGUGAGAGAGGAGAAGACAAUGGCUGCCUAUGAUCUCAUUGACAUAUAUUGUGAACUUAUCGUGGCACGCUUGCCUAUUAUUGAAUCACAGAAGAACUGCCCUAUUGAUCUGAAGGAAGCAAUUGCGAGUGUAAUAUUUGCAUCCCUGAGAUGUGCAGAUGUACCAGAACUGACGGACGUCCGUAAGCAUUUUACAGCAAAAUAUGGAAAAGAAUUCGUUAAUGCAGCUGUUGAAUUACGUCCAGAUUGUGGUGUAAGUCGCUUGUUGGUUGAGAAAUUAUCUGCCAACGCACCUGAUGGUCCAACCAAAAUCAAAAUUUUGAGCACAAUUGCUGAGGAAAACAACAUCACAUGGGAACCUAAAUCUUUCGGAGAGAAAGAUUUGCAGCCUCCUGCAGAUUUGUUGAAUGGACCAAAUACCCUUGAUAAGGCAAGUAAAAUGCAAGUGGAUCCUCCUAAAGUCCAAGAAGGACCUAAAAUUGUCCAAUCUCCUACUAAUUUUCACAUUUUUCAUCAAUCCAAUCAAAAGGAGGAUGUGAUUGGGAAUGUUCAUCCGCAGGAUAGGAUAUUUUCAUCACAUUCUCAGAAUGUUGUUUCAUCCAAUAUUGAUGCCAAUAAAGCUGGCAGUUAUCAUCCAAAUACGACACCUG